GACGACGACGGCUGAACGACCGAAAGGUCUUUUAACGAUUCUCAUUCGGACUUGCACCUCAAUUUCUUCAACAAACUGGAUCUUCAUACUUCUCAACGACCUCCUCUAACGGGUUGGUGACAACAGAUCCAAUAGACUCUGGCUAUUGUUACCGUGGCUAUGGUUCAACGCCGUUCACCACAUAGAGUAUCGUUUCCUCCAAACAGCAAUAAUCUGGCGCGUAGACAGUACUCGCUCCGCCACACUUCCGCUGCAAAACGCGCUCUUGCUUUCGUGAAUAGAUUCCAGCGUUCCACAGUCAAUUCCCACGCGGUGGGCGCGUCUCCACCAUCAUCUUCAGAUACUACCGUUGAUUCGCGUCCCAUACUGGCUACCGUGCAGCCCAAUCUGCGACGGCUGCCAUCUCGUCAGUAUCUUUUGAUGAAAAACAGCAUCCGAGAUGUGAGCCAAAAUCUUGACGUUCCUAUUGGUUCGAAAAGGAAACGCGUCGCGUCGGUUAAUGAAAACAUUACUGGCGGUCGAUCCGCGCGUGGGGCUCCGAAACUGAAGAAGCUUAAAGCUUCACCAAUCCGAGACUCGUCCAGCGAAGAAGAGCUUAGUGAUAUGGAAGUUGAUGUUCCUGGUCGAUGGGCCGUGUCCGAUGCUUCUGAGAUUGACUGCGAUGAAGAAGCGUCCGACGAGUUUCUCAUAAAUGAAGCAUCCUUGGGCCAGCUCAAACGUCGUCGAAAAGAUGAACUCCUUCAGUUGUACACUGCAGCGGGUCUAUCAGAUGAUGCACACAACCUUACGAAGCUGGAGCUUGCAGAAGCAAUUAUUGCAGCGCGAGACGAUAUUGUAUCAUUGCCUCCCUCGUCUCCUCCCGGGCGGGAUGCGAGUGACUGUUCCUCGGAUGAAGGAAACGCUGCAGGUGGCGAGGAAACUGACAUUGGAUCCAGAUAUCGAGUUCCUCCGGGUCUGCGGCGCCGCGCUACAGUUCAUUUAGCUACAAAUCAGGCGAAUUCACGUUUCUUAACAACUCGCAGCUUAUCUCUUGGCCAUAUCAACACCAGUCACUCAUUCCCAGACGAGCUACACGUUGCCCCUAAGACCAAUGGUGCUGCCGCCCCGACACGACGGACAACUAGGUCCACAUCCAGCCGAUCUUCACCCACACCAAGUUCCUCCAACCAGCUUCCUUCCCCUCCUGCUACGAGAUUGCGUUCUCGUAAGGUAUCCGCCGAGGUUGUCGUUCCUCGCGGCUCCACCAGGAGUAAGGGCAAGGGCAAACAAGUUGAAUUUAGUGAAGACGUCAAGAUCGGUGAAUCUGCUGCAUUGGGCGAGGAGAGUGAGCUUACCGAUCUCACUGAGCUGGAGGACAAGAUUGUAUCGAGCUCACCCAGUCCUCGUCGGCUACGAAGUUGGGAGAAACGUAGCGAAUUUGGCGAGGAUCAGGACUCUGACACGCCGAAGCAACAACGGGGAAGGACUAGACGGCAGACUUCGAAAGGGAAUGAGGUAGAAAAUUGUCUCGAGGACGAGGAAGAGGUCGAUGAACUUAUUUCAUCUCCAUCUCCUACUCCCCCGCCCACGCGAGGCCGAGGAACGCCCGCGAAGAGACGUCUUCGCCCUCGCAGAAUACAAACACAUACUCCCCCAAGUGAUGGAGGGGACGGUGACGAUGAAGAGGAAGCUGACGAGGAAAAAGUAGAAGAGGGCGUGGAGGCGAACGAGGAAGGGUCAAGCAUGGAUGAUGAGGAAUCAGAUCAGUCGGAAGAUAGCCGAGAUGCCGACGGAGAUGAUGACGUGUAUGUGGAGGAAAGUACGUCCCCUCCGCCAACAACUCCACGGAAGCUACGCAAUGGGAAGGUGGUUGGGGAAGAAUGUCAAGAAGAAGCGCCUGGCGAAGAGGAGGAGCAAGAUGGUGACGAGUCGAUCGAUCUGGAAGCCGAGGAUAUUGACAUUGACGCUGAAGGGGAGGAUGAAGAGGCCGAGGAGCUUGAUGAAGAUGGCGAUGACUUCGAUCUCGCUGUGGCCACCAAGAAGACCCUUCUCCGUAUGCGUCGUGAUAACCUUGUCCGGAUGUGCGAGACCCGGGAUCUGGAUGUUGCUGGUACGAAGCCCCAGCUCGCGAGGUCACUCCUUCAGUGGCGAGAUAAACGAACGAGCGAGUUUUCCUCACCCUCUUCCACUGGCACUAUUCGUCCACCAUCAACCGUUCACCACCGUGCUAACGGCCGGCGAAAGACCAAGAGCCGCAGCCAAAGUAACACCCCUCCGGUCCUCAUGCGCUCCCACAGAGUACAUCAAGACGAACCACGCACUCCUCCUAUGUCAGGCGAGAAUACCACUCAGCCAGAGCCAGAGCUAGAAUUGGAUCUCGAGAGCCUGGGUUUAGAAGAUCGAGAGAUUCCGCCCGACAAGCUCACGAAACUUGAGAAAAUUGGAAGUGGGGGCUUUAAGGAUGUUUUCAUCGGCAAGUUCAAGGGCAGACGGGUCGCCAUCGCAGAAUUCCGAGAUCAGCUCAAUUCAAUGGACAUCAAAGAACUCAAACUUCUCGGUGGCUUUGAUCAUCCGAAUAUAGUUCGCUUCCUCGGUGUCAGCAUACCGGAGAACACGCGCGAGACACCCGUCAUGAUUGUCAGCGAGCUUUGCUCAAAUGGCGACUUAUUCGACUACAUUCGCAAUGUUCCUGCACCGUCCCUGAAAAAAGUUUUGAACAUCAUGUUGGAUAUUGCGCGUGGCAUGGAAUACCUUCAUAUGCGCAAGCCUUCAGUCAUCCACAGAGAUUGUAAAUCGUCCAACAUCCUCAUUACUUCUCGUGGCACGGCGAAGAUUGCAGACUUUGGCUUGGCUAAAGUGAAACAGUCCACGCGGUCCAUGGUUCGUAGCCUGGUUGGCACUGUUAACUGGCAAGCGCCCGAGCUUUGGCAUGCGCACCCCAAAUACAACCACAAAGUUGAUGUUUUUUCUUGCGCCAUGGUGUAUUGGGAAAUGUUCCAAUGGCACAUACCAAACAAGAAGUUCCCUUGGGAGGGAAUGAACGAACAUGCUAUUUAUGAUAUUGUUGGGGCAAAACGCCAAAGACCGUCCAUUACAGGCCUACGAAAACAAUGGUGUCCGGAAAUUAUCGACCUCCUCGAGCGGAUGUGGGCUCAUGAUCCUAACGAUCGCCCAACUAUGUCUGAAGUCGUCAAAGAGUUGGAACAUAUCGCCGCCUGAGGAACUCGCGCACUCUCAAGCGGACUCGAAUCUUUAUUCAAUUAUUUUCAGUCUCAAACUUGAUUUUGUUGCCAACGGAAGUCCUUGGUGUGCAUCGGGGAUCAUUGUUUAUUUUGUGUCAUUGGUUGUCUACACUAUCAUCUUCGUCAUUAUCAUUUGCCCGCAACUUAUAUCCCGCAUUGUACCCCUACCGUAGCAAUCCAAACCCUUGCUUGAAAUGUAACCAGGAGC